GUAGCUUUCGGUUUUUUUUCUGUAUAUGACCGUCAUUACGGUAACUCCGCGGGGCUUCGCCGUAGCAAACAUGGCGUUGUCCUGUUCGAGCCUGUGUAGACAUUUGUCUUUGGUCCGACUGUGUGGCCUCAGGACAAACAGGACAACAACUGGCCUGUAUUCUCCAUACCUGUCCUGUCAGUCCAGGUUGCCCCUGUGUAGACUCUACUCAUCGUCCAAAGUUAGACGAGGUAUUGGACGAUAUGUCACCUCCAGGCUCCAGUGGGCAAAUAGCAAAUAUGAGGGUUUCCUCAAAAGGAGAUUUCCCAGCUUUUACCAGCUCUACCAUACUUUUGUGGAAGGAUUCAAGUUACUUUUCCAAGAUGCCAAAGAUGUGAGGAGGAUAAAAGCAAAGAUGACAUCUGAUAGAGUAAAGUUCCAGGACUUGCCCUACAGGGAGAUGGAGAAACUCAGACAGUUUCACAGAAACAUGAUCAAAGCCAUCCCGCUGGUGAUGAUAUCAAUCCCUCCCUUUGCCAACUACCUGGUUUUUGUCUUGAUGUACUUUUUCCCCCGCCAGCUCCUGAUCCCUCACUUCUGGACCCCCAGGCAGCAGGUGGAGUUUCGGGGAGUGUAUAAUUCCCUGAGGGCCCGGCACCACUGGCCGGUGCUCAAAGGCCUCGAGGAUAUGAGCCGCCAGGUCAAAGAAGGUCAGCUACAGAGUGACCUUAGGCACCUGUGUGCUAAAGUGCAAAGUGGAGUGAACCCUAAAGUGUCUGAAAUCCUCGCUGUUCGACGCCUGUUUUCUGGACCCCCUCUGGGCAUGAAGAGGAUGAGCGUGGAUCACAUGAGGCACAUCAGCCCCCUGCUCUUCCUGACGCCUCGCCUCCCGGGUUUCGUGAUCGGCCGGCGGUUGAACAGCCACGCCCUGGAGCUGCUGCAGCUCGACCGGGCCCUCAGCAGGCUGGGCCCUCACCAGCUCAGUGACGCAGAACUCAGACAGGCUUGUUAUGUAAGAGGGCUCAAUUCUGAUAGUCUUGGCGUUAACCAGUGCCGUGAGUGGUUGUCCCAGUGGCUUCAGGUGUCCUCCUCAUUGAAAGACUCGGAAGUGUCACUGCUUUUGCACAGCAUUGUAUUUCUCUCUGCCAACUACCAGAAUGGUCUCAAAUGGUCCCACUGACAGGAACCCGGAAGAAAUAUGCUUUUGUGAUAAAGUUCUCAUUUGCGCACUGAGCAGCAUAAGAUCCUAAGACUUGUCACCAUCACCUUUUUGCAAAGGAAAAAAAAUAUUUUUAAACUGUUCUUGGCAAGAUUUUUUGGUUUAAAAAGAAGAAAACUCUACUCAUCUGAAGAGACAAAUGCCACAAAGCACAGCCAAAGGUAACGGAAUAUUUGGAAAAAUAUGGUGACUCUAUGGAGUGGUGUGGGAUUCUACUUUGUACAUAAGGACCAUAAAACAGGUCAAUUUUGGCCUAAAAAUGUUGCUUAGGGCAGUUUAACUAAUUGUGAUGCACUGAACUAUAUUAAAGUGGUGAUUCUGAGGCAGUAUCAUGAUUGCCUGUUGCCGUAUCUCAAGCUUGGCACCACUUUAAGGUACAGACUCGUCAUCUGUUUACUUCUACGCUAACACACAUUACAACGCUACAAAGAAGAUAUUGUUAAGUGAAAGUUCAGGAGAACUCUGUGGUUAGUUAAUAUUUUGCUUGUGGAAUGGUACAAUUGUUCGGACACAUUCCAUUCAUCAAAAUCCAGAUAAGAUAGCUUUUAUGUGAGCGUGUUAAAUGUUUUUACAUGUUCACAUCAAACGUACUGUUUGUUUCUCGUACCUCACUUCGUGCUCUGCUUUCUGCUCUCGAAAUUGUUACUAACCCGUAAAAAGAGGAGUUUUAAGGCAACAGUCUUGAUUGAAGGAACUCAAAAAAGGAACAACUGGUCAACAUGAAAGAGCAGCAGAUUAUACGUGGGCUCCUAAAUACGCUGAGAUAACCUGGCUGCAAAAACACUCACAUGCUUGUGUAGUGAGAAGCUGAACUCGCUGUAGAUGAACCUCUUUGGGAUGCAGCACAGGAGCACUUUAUUGUUUACUUGAUGUUUUCUUGCUGUGAAAGCUGAAUGACAUGAACUUAUCCUGGUAAGGCCACACCGCUCAUCGCAACAUUUCAUUCAAGCUUUUUGCCUGGGGUGACGCUGUAAAGAGGAACUGCACAUCCCUUUCGCUGGUGUUUAGUGUUGUAAACUCUCAAAUAGGAAAUGUCAUUUGCUUCCUGUGCCUUUUGCAAGAACUGGCACAACACACCCUGAAAUAUGAGUUAAAGUUAGUCUGAUAAUGAAUUUUUUUUUUUUUUUUUUUUUUAA